CAAUGUGCACUCCUUGUCUUCUUGCGCAUCAUAUCCUGAGUGGUCUGUGGCUCCAGCAACCCGAAGACCCGCCCGUCGACUUCCAACUCUACCACCACAGUCUUGUCGCUCAUUCUAAUCGCGGAUAUCACAAGGUUCAGAAUCAUAGUUUAUCUCAUGUUUCCUUACACUGUCCUCGCCGGCUGCCUUUUUUCCUUGUCACAUACAGUGUCGGUAGUAUCUUCAAGAUCCAACUAUGAUGGCUCACCGUCUAGCGUGCCCCCGUUCACCAUCAAGCCUGUUACUGAACUCGUCGUCGUUAAUAAAGUAAUCGCGCCUGACGGCUUUGCACGGUCGGCAACACUUGCAGGAGGGAUUUUUCCUGGUCCUCUCAUCAAGGCGCAGAAGAAUGACAAUUUUAGCAUCAAUGUCGUGAACAGGUUACAUGACAAAGAUAUGCCUUUGUCGACGAGUGUACAUUGGCAUGGCAUCCAACAAAAGAAGACGAACUGGGCAGAUGGCGCAUCAUUCGUCACUCAGUGUCCAAUCCCUCAAAAUCGCUCCUUUCUCCACGAAUUUAGCGCACCCAACCAGACUGGAACUUUUUGGUACCACUCGCAUUUUUCCACCCAGUAUUGUGACGGUCUUAGAGGUCCCCUUGUCAUAUAUGACCCUGAGGAUCCCCAUCAAGAUUUAUAUGACAUAGAUGACGAGAACACGAUAAUCACACUUUCCGACUGGUACCACGAUCCUACGCCCAAGUUAAACAAAAUUUUCGGCCCCAUCAGAUCCAACUCCACCCUCAUCAAUGGUUUGGGGCGCUAUCCUGGCGGACCCAAAUCACCUCUUUCUGUCAUCAAUGUCGAACAGGGCAAGCGUUACCGGUUCCGCAUCAUCGGUCUUUCUUGUGAUCCAUCAUAUAACUUCACUAUCGAUGGCCAUACCAUGACGAUUAUCGAAGCAGACGGUAUCGAAACUGUCCCUGAGACUGUGGAUUCUCUUCCAGUGCUUGCUGGCCAACGCUACUCCGUCGUCGUCUACGCGAAUCAGCCUGUGGAUAAUUACUGGGUUCGCGCACCAUCCAACUUUCCAAAUCAAACGUUUGCAGGUGGCUUGAGUCAAGCCAUCCUCAGGUACAAUGGCGCGCCCGAUGAAGAUCCUACGAGCACUCCUGGACCUUACAUCUUACCAUUCAACGAAGGGAAGCUUGCUUCUUUGCUCAGCAUCCCUGUCCCCGGUUUCCCCGAGAUUGGCAAAGCAGACGUCCACAUCAACUUACUUGCCACCACUGUGAAUGGUAUCUUCAGGGUCAACAAUGUUACGUACCACAACCCUCCGACGCCGGUUCUGUUGCAAAUGCUCAGUGGAGCGCAGCAUCCCUCAGAUUUAUUGCCGAGCGGAAGCGUAUACGAGCUUCCCUCAAAUAAGGUAGUGGAAAUCACCUUGCCCUACACAGGUUUACUUUUUGGAGGUACACAUCCUAUCCACCUUCAUGGACACACUUUUGCCGUUGUUAGAACGUCGGGAAACAGCACGCCAAACUUCGUCAACCCAAUCUGGAGAGACACAGUAAGUAUGGGAUCGAUAGGGGACAACGUUACAAUACGUUUCGUCACGGACAAUUCUGGACCGUGGUUUAUUCAUUGCCACAUCGACUUCCAUUUGAAUCACGGCUUUGCGGUGGUCAUGGCUGAAGCUCGGGAUCAAGUUCCCAACCUCAACGCGAGCAUUCCAGGUAUGGGUGCCGCGCUAGUUGUCCCCAGCACACUAAACGGAACUUUCUAGCAUCUUGGGCGUCGCUAUGUCCUUCAAAUCAGACAUCUAGUCAAGCACGCCUAGGUUCCUUCAAUACGACAACAUCACACCUGG